UCACGACCAUUCCUGACUGAAGAAAGAUGGCACAUCAAGCGAUCCUCUCAAUUUAUUUCCUAGCAACAGCUUUUCUAGUCGUUGGGAGUCGAGAUUUCCCCAUCCUUGCCACUACUGUCCCAGGCUGCCUAUACCACGGGAAGUGGUACCAAGCUGGUUCUUUCCAACACUCCCCAUGUGAACCUUGCCAGUGCACGUCCUCUGGCCAAGCGUACUGUGCCAUUGUAGACUGCUUCUUUGAUGGUUGUGUGGACGCUGUUCAUGAUCCAAACAAAUGCUGCCCACAAUGUCCAAAUGGUCGAAACUGCAAGGCUCCCGACGGAACAAUUAUAAAGCAUGGAGAUACCUACAAUACUCCUACCAUGUCGUGUCAGUGCUCGUCAUUCGGAACACUGGCACAGUGUGCCUCCCUGGCUCAACCACAUGAAAUAGUUGCUAGCUAAACUGUUAAAAAUGAAAUUAAUAAACCGAUUUUUGUUUUA